AUGGAAAAUUCAUGUGGUCACUGCCAUUUGGCGUUUAGCCGUCUGAAACCCAGCAUUGCUUGUGAUGGUUUUUGCCAGCAUAGCUACCACAUUUUCUGUGUUGGAGUCGUGACUGAGGUUCUAAAAGUGAUUAAAACGCCUGGACUUUUUUGGUACUGUGUGGAAUGCACUGAACGCAAAAAGAAUUAUGAAGAAUGGUAUAAAACUAAUUUUGAAGAAAGGGUCAACAAACUGGUUACUAAUGUAUUUGAUUUAUUUUCUGAGGCACAAUCUAAGUUAAUGGUUAAAGUUGAAGAAAAACUGGAAUCUAGUGUUGAUUGUCGUGUCGCGUCUGGCCAGUCACUUAGUUAUGCAAACGCUGUGAGAAAUAAUAUUGUCAAUGUCUUGGUGAAAACAAAAAAUGCAGGUCAAUCUAACACUGAAACCAAACUGAAAAUAUAUCAGGCUGUUAAUCCAGUCGACAGCAGCAUCAGAUUUUCACAAGUGAAGCAUGUCAAAGAUGGUGGUUUGUUAAUAAAGUGUAACAGUUUUACUAAUGCUGUAAAACUCAUGAGUUUAGCGUCCCAGCAUCUCUCAGAUGAAUAUGAAGUAAGGGAGAUCAAGAGGAACAACCCUAGAUUAAAAAUCGUGGGCAUUUCUGAAAGCAUGUCGCUAGACGAAUUGCACUCUAAUUUGAUUGCGCAGAACAUUGUACUUAAGAACUCCAGUGAAUGUAAAGUGUUAAAACUAUGGCCUACUAAGAAAUCACCCGGAGUUUUUCAAGCUAUAGUUGAUGUUGAUAACCCUACGUAUUUAAAGUUAUUGGAACGGGGACAUGUUCUUGUAAAUUUUGAUAGUUGUAAAGUAUAUGAUGCUGUUGAUUUAAAAGUUUGUUUUAAAUGUUGUGGUUUAAACCAUUAUGCAGAAUUUUGUAAAAGUGAUAGGCAAGUAUUUGUAAAGUGUUCUCAACGUCAUAUGAUCUCUGAAUGCUCGGAACAGGUAUUGAAGUGUAACAACUGUGUCAAUGCUAGAUAUCCUGAUGUACAUCAUGCUGCGUGGGACUCCAGUGAAUGUAAGUUUUAUAAGGAUAAACUAAUAGAGUAUAAGAAAAUUUUGUUUGGUAAUGAGUAG